AACAGAAACAUAAUCUUCUUUACAAUGGCAAUGGUUUACUCUAACAAGUUUCAAUUUGUGGUUUCCUUUUUCCUCUUCAUGCUGCAUCUCCACGCAUCCACUGCACAAAACAUCAUAGGAGGGUAUUGGUUCGCAGAUAGUGGUUCCCCAGCAGCAGACAUCAAUUCCACACUUUUCACGCAUCUCUUUUGUGCCUUUGCCGACACGAACCCUACCAAUUUCACAGUCACAAUUUCCUCUUCAAACUCUGCUAAGUUUUCAUCAUUCACCCAAACCGUUCAGCAGAAGAACCCUUCUGUUAAAACCCUAUUAUCCAUAGGAGGUGGAGCUUCCAAUCCAUCAACCUUUUCAGCAAUGGCGAGUCAACCCACUUCGCGAAAAUCGUUCAUCGACUCGGCAAUACAACUAGCCCGAUCAAACAACUUCCACGGCGUUGACAUCGAUUGGGAGUAUCCAUCAACUCCCUCAGACAUGCAAAACUUUGGCAUAUUCUCCAGAGAAUUCAGAACUUCUCUGAUCAGCGAAGCUAGAAACUCAGGGAAGCCGAUUUUGCUCCUUAGUUGUGCAGUAUUUCGCUCUUCCGACUACUACUCAUUGGAAAUGCCUUCUAAGGCAAUGAAUGAUAGUUUUGACAUUAUAAAUGUAAUGUCUUAUGAUUUCCACGGUCCAAAUUGGUUCCCCAACAGAACAGCAGCACCGGCUUCGUUGAAUUAUCAGACAAAUUCCGGAGCAUACCAAGUGGGUGGAGAUCAAGGAAUCAGAUCUUGGAUUGCCGCCGGUGUUUCUCGACGAAAACUAGCAAUGGGUAUACCCUAUUAUGGCUAUGCGUGGCGUUUGAGGAAUGGGAGUAACAAUGGAUUGUAUGCUCCUGCUAAUGGUUCUGCCUUUGGUGGAGAUGGGUCCAUGGGGUACAACCAGAUUAGGGCAUUUGUGAGCCAGAAUGGAGCACGGUGUGUCUACAACUCAACUCUGGUCACUGAUUAUUGCUAUGCUGGAACAACAUGGAUUGGCUAUGAUGAUGUCCAGAGUGUAGCUGCCAAGGUUAAUUAUUGCAAGAACAAUGGUUUGCUUGGCCAUUUUGUUUGGCAGGUUGCUUCAGACAACAACUGGGCUCUUUCUCAAACAGGUGACUGUCAAAAAUUCCUCAUUCCAUUUGUUGAUACGUAAUAAUAAUAUGGUUUAAUUAGUCGGAUAAU